AUGACAUUAUCUGCUUUUUUAACAGCCCCCCCUGCAGAUGUAAGACAAGUAAAUGUGGUGAGACAGAAUGAAAACAGUAUAACUUUAGAAUGGGAAAAAGUUGAUAACAUCCCAACAUACAGACUGAAGAUGAAUGAUGGUGAUGCUAUAGAUGUGCCUGUCACUGCUGAUGAUAUAGUAAACCACGUGGUCUCUGGUCUGACUGCUGGGACAAGAUACAGUUUUAUUCUAUAUACUGUGUCUAAUGGAGACAGCAGCUCUGGAUAUUCAUUCACUGCUGUGACAGUUCCCAGAGAGGUUUCCUCAGUCACUGUUACAGAGCGCUUUGAGGACAGGGUCACUCUACAGUGGGAUAAUCAAAAUACAGAAUGGAAAUACCAGCUAACAGUUAAUGACAAUGAUAUUGAAAUUAAUCAAAAGGAUGAAAAUAUUGUAUAUAAUGUCAUUAAUCUGAAGCCUGGAACAAAGUAUUCAUUCAGCAUCACCACCAUCUUCUCUGGAGUCCUGAGCACUCCUUACCAUGUUGACACAGUGACUAAAAUCAACUGUAGUAGUGUAACCUGGCAUGUUACGAAUUCAUCAAUCAAAGGAACAGUUGAAGGCCUGUUUUCUAAAGCAACUGCCUCCAAUGAAUCUGAAACGCAUGACAGUCCAGAAGGGAAAGACGUGUCAUUUACUGGCCUCUAUCCUGGUGCAACAUAUGAGAUUUCUCUUGAGUAUAACCUGGCCUCCACAAUGCUUCCUCAGUGUAGCAUCAAAAUACCAAUCAUUCCUCCUUCAGUAACUGCUGACUGUAGCUACUGGGCCUCUGGUUAUGGUGCUAAGAUUAACAUGGAAUCACCCAAUGGUGUGCUGACGGCUGUUGAAGUUACAAUAAAUAAAAAAAAAUUAACAAUAAAUGAAACAGAUAUUGAAACUGGACUCAUUGUAAAGGGACUUCAACCCGCCACAAGAUAUGAAGUCUCUUUGGUUUCACAGCUGGAGGCAGAAAAUUUGAUCAGACGAUCUGAACCAUCAGUUUUUUUCUGUUCAACUGAUAACAGAGGAGUCAUUGCAGGAUCAUUGGUUGGUGUGCUGCUAUUUGUUGUUCUGAUCUGUUUGAUCAUAUUUAUCGUCCGUAAAAGACCAGAUUUUAUCCGAAGAAAGAAAUCCUUUCUUUCUGGAUCCCAAAAGUCAGAUUCAAAGGCGAAAGCCAUUCCUUUGGAUCAGUUCCCAGACCACUUCCGUCAGCUGGAAUUAGAUGAAAACAGAGGUUUCAGUCAGGAAUAUGAGUCCCUUGCUUCUGUUGGCAUUGACCAAACUCGCAGUGCAGCCACUGUGCCAGAAAAUAAAGCGAAGAACAGAUUCACCAACAUCCUUCCUUAUGACUGGAGUCGUGUGAAGCUUGUCGGUUCAAAUGUUACUUCAGACUACAUAAAUGCUAACUACCUACCUGGUUAUAACAGCAACAAAGAGUACAUUGCCACACAGGGUCCUCUGCCCUCCACAGUCAAUGAUUUCUGGAGGAUGGUUUGGGAACAAAAAGUGAGGAGAAUUGUCAUGGUUACCAAUUGCAUUGAAGCAGGACGGACCAAGUGUGAACAAUACUGGCCUGAAGACAGAAAGCAGUGUCGAUACGGAGAACUGACGGUCUCCAAAAAGUCUGAGGAAAAGGAAUCCAACUGGAUCCAGAGGGAGUUUACACUGAAACAUAGUAACGACCCAGAGCAACGUACAGUGAAACACUUCCACUUCACUGCCUGGCCUGACCAUGGGGUACCUACGAGCACAGAAGUGCUGAUCCGUUUCAGGAGACUCAUGAGACAGCACAUAGAAAGUGAAGGGAGUAAAGCACCAACUGUGGUUCACUGCAGUGCUGGCGUAGGGAGGACGGGCACCAUUAUCGCCCUGGACGUUCUGCUUCAGCAGCUUCAGCGAGAAGAGAAGGUUGGCAUCAAAGGCUUUGUUGAAAAGAUGAGGCGGCAUCGAUCACAUAUGGUGCAGACAGAGUCCCAGUAUGUCUUCCUGCACCAGUGCAUCAUGGACAGCCUGCAGCUUCCUGAGACGCAGGAGGAGAACGUAUAUGAGAACGACCAUAUAUAUGUCAACACCACCGCUCUCAAAAAUUUACGUUGACAAAAGAUGAAUCAACUCCCAGCCCUGCACUAGGAUUCAUUGCACUUAAUGACAAACUAAUAAUGUUAGAGUAAUGGUACUGAUAUAUAUUGAAUAUGUAUAUUCAAUAUAAUAUUCAAUAUAAUAUGAAUAUUUUUAUUGUGAAAGAAUGCUUUUAUAAUUUAAAUUAUGGCUUGUCUCAUCUGCCAGCUGUUAUUAUUCUAUUAUUAUAAUUAUUAUAAUUAU